CUUAGGCGGGCGCUACGGCCCAGGGAACCAAUAGACAGACAGCAGAAGCCGGGCUUGUCCGGGCAAGCAGCCGGCUCAGCCGGCAGGGAUUCCACGUGUAGGCCGGGAAAUGCGGCCGGGUUUUCAGGCAGGUGGCCCUUAGACUUUGCAGUUCCUUGGGAGCCGUCUCAUCUGGAGUCCUUUAGGACCAGGGACCGUCACCGGAAAGCCGAGUGCCUACCAUAUUGACUUUUGACCAGAAUUAAGUGCACUGCCCCGUUGGAAGAUAGCCUCCUCUUGCCUCUAGCUGUGAGCUGCCUGGCAUGGUGCUGGGAGAAGCCCCUGAGUCUGCUCAGUGUCCAUCCCUUACCGGCCUGAAUACCAAGGAUGUGGUUCGGAAAAGGCACAAGAGGAGAAGCCGGCAGCACCAGCGGUUCAUGGCCCGCAAAGCCUUGCUCCAGGAGCAGGAGUUGUCAGGCAUGGCCCCAGGGCCAGGAUCCUGCUCUCCGACAUCCCUGUCACAGACACCAGCAGACACGGAGGCUUCGGGCAGCAGAAGGCAGCGUCCCAAGGCCAGGUCUAGCAGCAAAAGGCCUAUUCCUAGAGAAGCCCCAGGACCUGGGCCCAGCAAGUGUGUAGCCAUUGACUGUGAGAUGGUGGGGACAGGCCCCCAUGGGCGUGUGAGUGAGCUGGCCCGCUGCUCUGUGGUGAGUUACAACGGUGAUGUUCUCUACGACAAGUACGUCCGGCCUGAGAUGCCCAUUGUGGACUACCGUACCCGCUGGAGCGGCAUCACCCGCCAGCACAUGCGCAAGGCCAUCCCCUUCCAGGUGGCCCAGAAAGAGAUCCUCAAGCUCUUGAAGGGCAAGGUGGUGGUGGGGCACGCGCUGCACAAUGACUUCCAGGCCCUCAAGUAUGUUCAUCCUCGGAGCCAGACCCGGGAUACCACUUACGUCCCAAACCUGCUCAGUCAUCCCAGCUCCCACACCCGAGCUCGGGUCUCCCUUAAGGACCUGGCCCUGCACUUGCUCCACAAGAAGAUCCAGGUAGGACAUCAGGGACACUCGUCUGUGGAAGAUGCCAUGACAGCCAUGGAGCUCUACAAGCUAGUAGAGGUGCAGUGGGAACAGCAAGAGGCCGACAAUGCCAAGGCCCAACCCGAGGACGGGGCACCCGACAGCAGCACUGACGUAGAGCAGUACAUGGAGGACCAGUACUGGCCUGACGAGCUGGCCUAGAGCACCAGUGGAGACAUAAGGGAGUGAGCGGAUGGAGCCUGUGGGUGGCGGAUGGGGCAGGAAGCCCGGAGUGGUCCCUCUAGGCAGACCUGGGAGAUGGGGUCAGGGCACUCAGCUGUCCACAUGCAGGUUCACAGCACCUGGUAUCAAGGGAUACUUUUCUUCAAUCCCUCUGGUUUUACAAAGGACACUAGCGUUGUAGUGCCCAGGAGGUAUAGGGAAAGUGUCACAGGACUGUCCAAGGCUGUUCUGGCAUACAGUGUCUCCCUGGGGGUGCUGGGUGCUGUGGGUGUCCUGGAGCUCCCUCUCCCCCUGGGUGAAGUUCCGCUGCUGGUGCCACCUCUCCUCUACAGAUAUGUUUAGGAUCAUAGUAACUUAAAUAGUUAAGAAAGCCCUUUAAAAAAGACACCCGUUCCCUGUCCCUGACUUUCUUAGAUGUCCUAUGUCCUAAGGGUAACUUUAGGGGACUAGUAAGCAAGGGUUCAGAUCACACCAUUCCCUGACAAAGCCUCAUCGUUAGGCAAGCCUGUGGCAUCCCGUUGAGCCUGUUUUCUCCUGUAAAGUGGGGGAGUGCGAUAGAAUCUACCUCGUGGAUAUUGAGGUGCUUCGUGUGUGUCCUUGUGAUGAAAGAGAAUGGUCUCUAUUCCGGCCACUGCCUGGCUUCCCAGCCACUGUGGCCCAGGCAGGAUUCUGGCUUGGCUUUUCCAGCAGGUGAGGUGGAGCCAGGGCCCGGGCACUGCAGGAGAGUUCAGAGUUGUCUGCAGGUCUUGCUUCAUAGCAGCAUCCUGCCCGCUGUGGUAUUUGGGAAAGUGACAACAGUGACACAGGGUCAGAAAGGAAGAGACACUACCGAGACCACACUUGACUGCUGUCAGCCAAGGCCCUGAUUGCACAAAACCUUAGUCAUGGAUUGUUUGCUGCCAGCUCCUCCCUGCCAGGGGAAGAGAGGGAGCUGGCCCAAUCAUCACCACUUCUGGCCUGGUGCCAGGGGCAAGCUCUGGUUUCCUUAAAAAGCAGCAACUUGUGCCAACCUCACUGCUGGGUGAAUCUUGAUGGCUUCAUUUGCAGGUUGAAGGGUGGUGGGAUGGAUAGCCUGUGUACAGGGAGAAGCCUGCUUGCUCGUGUAGGAUCAUUAAUGUGGGAAUAAAACUGGACAAGUG